AUGCGUGGGAAACUCCAGCUGCUGGCGAUACCACUCGUCGCUUUCGUUGUUAUUGUAUGGACCUUGUAUUCACAGAGGCACUAUUUGACCACAAACUACGCCGCGCAUAGAGGUCAGCACGUACAUGACGAGUUGCACUCAAUCCCUGUGUCAGAUGGCGACAUCCUUCCGGCAGCGAACGUCUCGGCCUACCUCAAAGCCAUUUUCUACCGCCAGUCGGCGGAGCUUCCGAGUUUCCAGUGUCCCCGUAUAAAUACAACAAGAUACAACUCUCUUGUCGAGGCCCCAGGGUCCUCAAACCCUACCAUCAGAUAUUACCUGGCGCUCGAUCUACGGCAAAAUCUGAUCCUCCUGCCUCGUCUGAUUGGUAGUGUUGUAGAAGCCAUUCAGUUCCUCGGCCCUCGACACUGCAUGCUCUCCGUCGUCGAGGGCAACUCUCCUGACGGCACUGGCGACGUUCUGGCGGCCCUCCGCUCUCAUCUUGAAGCUCUUGGGAUAACCUACUUCUUCCAGUCAUCACCCAUCGACCCCACCAAGACUGAGCGCAUUUCUAGCCUCGCAGCGUUGCGCAACUUGGCGCUGCAGCCUUUAUUCGAGCAUCGCAAUAAAGUCAGCAGAGAUACAACCAUUAUCUUCUCGAACGAUGUGACAGCAUGCCCAGAUGACAUUCUUGAGCUUGUUUACCAAAGAAAAUCCCUUGGAGCUGACAUGACCUGUGCCAUGGACUGGAACCUCAAAACCCCGAGAUUCUACGAUGUUUGGAUCGCCCGAGGCAUGAACGGUGACUCCUUCUUCGAUGUCCCCAAUGGUGACUGGGGAAAAUCGUCAGAGCUGUUUUGGAAUGCGAAAGAAACCCGAGCUCGGUUUGACGCGAAACGACCAUUCCAAGUAUUCGCUUGUUGGAACGGCGCCGCCGUAUUUGGAGCUCAACCCAUCCUCGAAAAUCUGCGCUUCAGGGCCGCCAAAAAGAAUGAAUGCCCGCAGGGCGAGCCGCAGCUGUUCUGUAAGGAUUUGUGGUACCGGGGAUAUCACAAGAUCGCAGUUGUGCCAUCUGUCAACCUCGAGUACAAACUUCACAUGGGGAGGAAAAUCAAGGAAAAAAUGGGCUUUACGUCGGAUGUUGUCUCAAAACACGAUCUAGCCGGAGACUGUAUCAAGUGGAAGUCGGAUCCUCCGGCCGAGGUCAAGUGUAUCGCGGCUUGGAAUGACCAGUAUUGGCUACCAUGGAACGAGUCAUUGCCGUAG